GAGGUCGUUCCCGCCCACCUCCGCGUAUUCUCCAAGAUGGCGAGCGGCGGCGGCGGGGGGGCGUCGGUUGCAGCCCUCUGGAGCGAAGUGAAUCGUAAUGGCCAGAACGGCGACUUCACGCGCGCCCUCAAGACAGUGGACAAGAUAUUGCAGAUCAACAAAGAUGAUAUAACUGCUCUGCAUUGUAAAGUGGUGUGCCUUAUCCAAAAUGGUAAUUUUAAGGAAGCCUUGAGUGUCAUCAAUUCUCACACCAAAGUGUUGACUGGUGAUUCUAUUUCCUUUGAGAAGGCAUACUGUGAAUACAGGCUGAAUCGUAUUGAGAAUGCCUUGAAAACAAUAGAAAGUGCCAGCCAUCAGACGGACAAACUAAAGGAACUUUAUGGACAAGUGUUGUAUAGGUUGGAGCGUUAUGAUGACUGUUUGGCUGUAUACCGAGAUCUUAUUCGAAACUCUCAAGAUGAUUAUGAAGAAGAAAGGAAAACAAACCUUUCAGCAGUGGUCGCUGCCCAAAGCAACUGGGAAAGAGUAGUACCAGAAAACUUAGGCCUCCAAGAAGGCACUUAUGAGUUGUGCUACAAUACUGCAUGUGCACUAAUUGGACAAGGCCAGCUGAACGAGGCGCUGAAAAUCCUACAAAGAGCAGAAGAUCUUUGCCGUCAAUCACUCUCAGAAGACUCUGAUGUGACUGAAGAAGACAUACAAGCAGAACUAGCAAUCAUUCAUGGUCAGAUGGCAUAUAUUCUCCAGCUCCAGGGCCAUACAGAAGAGGCUUUGCAGCUUUAUAAUCAGAUAAUAAAAUUAAAGCCAACAGAUGUGGGAUUGCUUGCUGUAAUUGCAAAUAACAUCAUUACAAUUAACAAGGACCAAAAUGUCUUUGAUUCCAAGAAAAAAGUGAAACUAACCAACGCAGAUGGAGUAGAGCAUAAGCUUUCCAAGAAACAGCUGCAGGCUAUAGAAUUUAACAAAGCUUUACUUGCUAUGUAUACAAACCAGGCAGAUCAGUGCCGUAAAAUAUCAACCAGCUUACAGUCCCAAAGUCCUGAGCAUCUCUUGCCUGUGUUAAUCCAAGCUGCCCAACUCUGCCGGGAAAAGCAACAUGCAAAGGCAAUAGACCUCCUUCAGGAAUUUUCAGAACAGCAUCCGGCCAAUGCAGCAGAAAUUAAAUUGACCAUGGCACAGCUGAAAAUUGCUCAAGGUAAUAUUACCAAAGCAUGUCUAAUCUUGAGAAGUAUAGGAGAGUUAAAGCAUAAACCAGGCAUGGUAUCUGCAUUAGUAACAAUGUAUAGUCAUGAAGAAGAUAUUGAUAGUGCCAUUGAGGUCUUUUCUCAAGCUAUCCAGUGGUACCAAAAUCACCAGCCAAAGUCUUCUGUUCAUUUAUCCUUGAUAAGAGAAGCUGCCAACUUCAAACUCAAAUAUGGGAGGAAGAAGGACGCAAUUAGUGACCUGGAGCAACUAUGGAAGCAAAAUCCAAAAGAUGUCCACACUUUGGCACAGCUUAUCUCUGCUUAUUCACUGGUAGAUCCUGAAAAGGCAAAAGUUCUUAGUAAACACUUGCCCUCAUCAGACAGUAUGUCCCUGAAAGUAGAUGUAGAAGCACUUGAAAAUUCCCAUGGGGCUACAUACAUUCGGAAGAAAGGCGGGAAGCUUACUGGCGAGAACCCACUGAAAGAACAAGGGCAAGGAGACAUAAAGAAAAAGAAGAAAAAAAAGAAAGGAAAACUACCCAAGAAUUAUGAUCCUAAAGUCACCCCAGAUCCCGAGCGGUGGCUUCCAAUGCGAGAACGUUCCUACUACAGGGGAAGAAAGAAGGGUAAAAAGAAGGAUUUGAUAGGGAAAGGGACACAGGGAACAGCCUCAGCAGCUUCAUCUGAAUUGGAUGCUAGUAAAACUGUGUCCAGCCCACCCACUUCCCCCCGGCCUGGGAGUGCUGCUGCAGUAUCUGCCUCUACAAGUAAUAUAAUACCCCCAAGACACCAGAAGCCUGCAGGGGCUCCUGCCACAAAGAAGAAACAGCAACAGAAAAAGAAGAAAGGUGGAAAAGGAGGCUGGUGAUUUGGACUUUCAUGUCACAGUCUAUUUUUUUUAACUCUUUCCACUGUAAGGAACCAGGAACAUAAUAAAGGUCAAACAGCACCAUGCACAGGGCUUUUUUAUUCCCCUCUUAAAUUAAUGUUCUGUUUAGUUUUCUGUGCUCUCUGCAUCCAGGAGUCACAAAUGUCAUGCUGUUCAGCUCCAUGCCAGCUUAACUCUCGGGCUCCUCAUGUCAUAUACCUUUGUGUAGAGUUAGAGGACUUGGAGCAGUUGAGUAUUUGCCCACUGUAACCAUCUGCUGGCCCCUGUUCUUUGUGGGCUCCCCUGGCCUUUCCCAGCUUCCCAAAUAAGGCGUGUUCUCCAGGUUCUUUCUAGCUUAUGUUAAAACUGGAACCUUCUUACAUUAGUUUCAACCUACUCUGAAGACCCACUUGUUGCAUUCACCUUCCACAUAUUAAAGCAUGAUUACCUAGGCAUAAUGAGGCUGCAGAUGGAAUUCUUCAGGCACACUAGCAACCUGCUUGGAAGCAUCACUCUAUGAAAGGGGACCUGGACCUUCCCUGGCUUCACAGCUAAGUGGUUAACCAGCAGGGCAUUUUUUUUUAGUUUAAUUGUUUUCAGUAAUUGUAGUCACUUACUUCUUGUUAUAUAAAGUUGGACUGGGUGGUUCACACUACAUUAUUAUUUUUAUGAAUAUGCAGCCUUUCUGUGUCUCAGAAUUUAGCAACAUACUGUAUUGACCUAGCACACUCAGCUCAAGAAAGAAAAUGGCCAUUAUCAGUAUGGUGAGCAGUUUAUUCCAGCAUCUAGUGCUCUGGCAAAGGAAUUGUUAUCAUCCUGUCUCACACACAAAAAAGAGGAUAUUCCCAACCAGAUACAUGGGCAUUUUCUUAUACCAUAAAACUUGGUGAGAGGUAAUUCACACAGCAGUUCAGUAUUAUUAGCAGGUCAGUGUUGAGACCUAAGAAGGAAUCAUAUACCUGUGAUAGGUGCUAUCCUUCAAACAAGCAGCUACAACUUUCUAGUUGUGGGUUUCUAACACUCCUAUCCCCCACAAAUUAAUGAAGUAUUCUCUUCCUCAGCUCGCUGUUUAAAAGUAUCGCCUAUGCCUUUCCCUCAGAAGCCACUGUGUCUAAACAGAAUGUUUUUUUCUUGUUGAACUGUUUAGCUCUGUGUGCAUAAGGAUGCUGCUUUUUUGUUACUAGUCAUUUGAUGCUUCUCAAAACUAAAGUCCUACAAACAUUUGCCUUAUGAUUACAUUACUUCAUCCUUGUUAAUAAAAUACUGCUAGACUUUAAGUCCCAACAUUGCUACCAAAACUUCCUCAGCAGAGUUUUCAGGAUUUUUCCUUGUUGCUGGGUGAAGCAGGGAAAACUUCCUGGCAUUUCCUCUUUUUGAAUCUUAAAACAGGAAGGAUUGAUUGUGAUGUACAUGUGACGCACAUCUUGAACUCAGCCAGAAUGAUGAUAUUUUUGGUAUGAGUGACAAAAGUUAAUUUCUUCUGAGUAUAUCAUAUAUAUUACAGAAAUAAUUACUAGCAAAUGUAUGUGCCAGGCCUAUUUGUAGUUCUCUGGAAAAGGAUAAUCAUUUGUUAGCUUAAGUAAGCCAUAAAAUCUUGGUAAAAACACUUUCUGUGAAAAUUUUGACCAAGGUAUAUUUCACACAUAUUGGUGAAAAUUCAGGCAAACUUCUUAGUUGUUAUUCUUGCUGGACAUACUAAUGCCUGUCAUAAGCAGACCUCAGUUUAAACAAAUGAUUAUAAUUGACUGUAGAAAUGUGAAUAGGACUCUAAUUAAUUUUGCUAAUAAUUGUACCCUGUUGUGGACAGGGAUUUUGCCAGUCACAUAUUUUGUAUAAAUUUGUGUGUGGAUCUUUCCAUUCACUGUGACAUUUUAAAAUAAAACAUUCUAGCAGUGAAUGUGGAUGAAAGUGUCCUGGGUGUCAGGAUUUCUGUGGGAGGCUUAUGUACAUUGAAAGUUGAGUACCCUUUAUUUCGUUCCAUGGAGGAUGAAUUGUUUUCAAAGUGUCAUUUCCUUUCACCCACCAAAAUCUUAAGUAUAGACGUGAUAUUCUGAGAGAAGCCAGAGUUUAUUAAAAAUUCACCAUGAAAUUUUAGUCCAUUGUAGCCUUUAGAAAUAUGCAUGUAGGCCCAUCCCUUUUAACAAAGGUAGUUUGGGGACAGACCCAUGGUGUAACGAAAAGAGCAACUGGAAUUGAAGUCAUGAGUACCGAGUUCUAAAUGGAGCUCUCCCUCCAUAGCUGUGUGACCUCAGAGCCUGUUUCCUCAUCUGUGAAAUGGGGAUCAAAAUGCUUGCACUACCCACCUCACAGGGUUGUUGUGAGGAUCAAAUGAGAAAAUGAAUGUAAAGUACUUUGUAAACUGUAUAAGGCUAUAUAAAAUGCUGGUUAUUAUAAUUGACAAAGUGGUGGUUAAUAAACAUUCAUAAAGGAGGGGUGAA